AUGUUCUGUGCAAUCUCGGGAGAGCCGCCCAAGGUGCCGGUCGUGUCCAAAAAGAGCGGCCUCGUAUACGAACAGCGUCUCAUCCACAAAUACAUCAACGACAAUGGCAAGGACCCAGUCACGGGUGACACACUCGAACUGGACGAUCUGAUCGAGAUCAAGUCAAGUCCCAAGACGGCCGUACCGCGUCCACCACAGCACAGUUCGAUCCCAUCGCUACUCACAUCCUUGCAAAACGAGUACGAUGCCAUCAUUCUCGAAACGUUCACGCUCAAGAAGCAUUACGACAACUUGCGGCAGGAGCUGGCGCACGCUCUCUACGCCAACGACGCUAGCGCACGAGUCAUCGCAAGGUUGCUCAACGAGAGGGACCAGGCACGCGAAGCACUUGCUAGCAUCCAGGGUACCAUCGGUGCCGGACCGUCUUCGUCGCGAGUCGCCCACGAUGUCGAGAUGACUGACCCGACACACGCAGAGAACGGUUCCAGUGCCACUGCUGCUGCCGAUUCAAGCGGUCUUCCCGCCGAUGUUGUCGAGCUUAUCGACUCGACGGCACAGAAGCUGUCAUCGCAGCGAAAGGCCAAAUCGAAACGCAAGGCGCCGGAGGGAUAUGCUACACAGGCCACCGUGGCCGAGUUUGCAGAAGUGCAGAGCCUGCCCUCGAUGCAUCAUGCCAAGCCGGCUGGCGUCUCCUGCCUGAUUCUGUCGGCGGACGGGAACGUGCUCGUUACUGGCGGAAACGACAAGAACGUACAGGUGUACGAUCGCAAGGAGGAUCAAGUGCUGGCAACGCUCAAAGGCCACACGAAACGAAUCACGCACGUCGCUGUCACGGGUAUCUCGGACGCACCUAUUGGCCCUGAAGCCGCCACAGACGCAGCUGCACUGCCUAGCUACAUUGUCUCUGCCAGCGAAGACGGCAAAGUCAAAGUGUGGGAGCCUACGGGCGCAACGGGAGCCAAGUCGCAAGCAUAUUCGCUGUCCAGCACGGCCGAUGCUCACAAGAGCGAAGUGACCGGCAUCGACAUCCACCCUUCGGAGGCAUUCUACGGAUCUGCAGGCCGCGACGGAACCCUCUCGCUGCGUUCGCUCGCCGAUGGUUCCGAACUCGUACGCAUCGACCCUCAGCUGGGUGACUCUUACGAGUCGUUCGCGUUCCACCCGGAUGGCCAGCUCGCUGCGACGGGUACCUCGACGGGCGCAAUUCGCAUCUGGGAGGUCAAAUCGGGCGCCAAUGCAUCGACCAUCCAGACCGAGCUGCCCGGCCGUGUUUCGUCGCUUCAUUUCAGCGAAAAUGGCUACUACCUGGCUGCAGCCAGCGAUCAGGGCAAAGCGGUCGAAGUUUGGGAUCUCCGAAAACUCACUGCUGUGGGUAAGCUGACGGUGGAGGAAGAAGGCGAGGGCGCCAAGAGCGGCGUGACAGCGGUCAAGUUUGAUCCCUCGCUGCAGUUCUUGGCUGUGGCGACGGACAGCGUCAACGUGUACGCCAACAAGUCGUGGAACCACUUGGUCAAGGUGGAGGGAACACAAAAGCUGACGGGGUUGGCGUGGGAUGCGAGACAUGGGCAGGUGGUUGUUUCGAGUCUCGACCGCACGGUUCGCACCUUUGGAGUGGCGGCCUAA